AUAUUAAAGAGUUAUUUGAAAUUUCCCUACAAUGACUUUUCCUUUGAAAACCGUGACCAGUUAGCGCUAUGGGUAGCGGCAGGUGAGAUCCAAGUCGGGCUACCUGUCGACGACACGGCACUUGACGCUGUUUGGAGCGGUACUGCACUAAAGCUCGACCAAUCAGACAACAAAAAGUGGAGAGCCUAUUUAGUGUAAAGAGAGGAGAUGUUACGCGGAUAACAAACGCAGGCCAGGAAGAAGGCGUGUCCAGGCGAUUUGACAACUGUGUCUCGAUCACGUCGCCGUGACAAGUAAUUAUAGCGAAACCAUUGCUUGGGCCGGCCCUCUUAUUUGUAACUUGUAUUUACACCGGCCCGAUACUUCUGUGAGAUUAGAACGGACGAAACGUUUCACUCUGAAGGAACCUACAAGAGCGAGACCUAGACGACAAGAGAGAAAGAUGAGUUGCACUGUAGAGGAAGACAGAAGUCAUGGUGACACCUCCAACCCACCCUCCUCCCACGGGCAGCCGCUCUUUCUGAGAACUUCAGACCGCUACCCGAGGACUCCGAAAUGUGCCCGGUGCCGAAACCAUGGCGUCGUGUCUGCACUGAAGGGACACAAGCGCUACUGCAGGUGGAGGGACUGUGUGUGCGCCAAGUGCACCCUGAUCGCCGAGAGACAGCGGGUGAUGGCGGCCCAGGUGGCUCUCCGCAGACAGCAGGCCCAGGAGGAGAACGAGGCCAGGGAGCUGGGCCUCCUGUACGGCCCCUCCGGACUGCUGCAGAUGAACACGGAGCUGUAUUCCGCUGGAGAAUCAAAGUCCUACCCCAACCCCAAGAUGAGUCUGUCUCCAAACCCGCGAUCUCACCCCUAUAACGAGUCUACGUCACCACGGCCACCAGCAUCCAUGGACGAGCAUCACAGUCCUGCUGCCAAAAAGGCUAGACUAAACACAUCAGCAGACGACUCCGGAAGUGCGUGCUCAUCACCGGAAAUAAACACUAGAACAGACUCUCCGAUAGACCAGGAACGAUCCAGACCAACGAUGAGGUCAAAGUCAAGGUCACCGUCACCACCAUGCAGCGUUUCACCCAAGAUGUCACCAGAACCCCUAGAGGACACCAGUACCACCAUCAUAUCGAAGAGUGACGUCAUUCAGAGAUCAUCGGACGACCUUGCCGGGUUAUUUGCUGGCAGAGGACAGAACAAACGACCACCUCUUGACAUCCUGUCGAGGAUUUUUCCUCAGAUGAAGAGGGGCGUUCUACAGCUGAUUCUUCAGAGCUGCGGAGGAGACACGGUUCAGGCGAUCGAACAGGUCCUCGGUAACCACGGAAGCCAACCCACGCCGUCACUGCCACUCGCCACUCCAACCCCAAACAUGUUCGCGCAGUCGUACCUGACCCCUUCCCUGACGUCAUCAGCAUUCAAGUCGGCGUUCUCCCCGAUAAGUGCUCCUCCCACAGCUCACCUGAACGCAAUCAGAUACACGUACGGAAACAGUGGGCGGAGCUUAGCUUUAACCAUGCCCUACCCACCUCUCCUGCCAGGACUAGCACUCAGUUCCACCUACGGCUACAACGGACUCUCAGGCGGCAGCAAGGCAUUCCAUUAUGCCAUGUGCCCGUGUUGCACGGGGAAACCGUAUUCGUCAACCCAAACCACUGAAAAGACGACAAACUGUCUCAGCGAUUGAACACAGAUAAACGAUAAAUAUAUAUAUUAUACUGACAGUGUGAACUAUGACGUAAUAUAUUUGCUGACGUGUUCAAAACCAAAAUAAAAUAAUGUAUCGAAAGGGAUAUAACUGUGUAAUUACAUUGCCGGACUUUGUUGAUGCAAAACAAAAUCAAGAAACUCCAAUAAAUUAUGUUAAAGCUUAUUAUUUAAUGGUUUAUAUGUUUGAUUUAAUACUAUAUAAGACUACUUAUGUUACAAUACGUGGCUGGUUUUACAGUUUACUCAUUAAAUUGAAUUUGCAAUAAUGCAAUUAUUAUACAGUCGUGAACUCAAUGUUGAAACAAUAAUAAAUACUCAUGUUGUUCUCCAACAACGAACUUUUAAUUAUGCAAUAAUAUGCCUGUGUGUAAUACACAGUUACCACAUAUAUUUGUUAAAUAUCUAAUAAUACAUACGAGUAUAUAUUUAACGGAUAUUUAAAUUCUCUCUUCUAUAAUUUGGGAAGACGUCUCGGGAUCUUCAUUAUGAAUCUUAACUGCUCACAGUUAAUGAAUGUAGUGGCAAGACAUAGCAAUUAUUUUGCGCAAUGUAUUCGUAAGUGAGAAAGCGUAACCUAGUCCCAUAUCGUUUGACGAAGGCUGAAACGUGUUCAGCAUAAAGAGUGUUCGUGUAUUUAAAAUAGUCAAACUUUAACGUGUGCGUGUGGACAUUUAUAGUCCUAUUCGCCUAAACAUGAUACAACCUGCAUCUGCAUACACCAGUUGGCUAUCACUUGCCACAAAAUAUAUAAAUAAAUUAUCCAAGGUAAUAAAUACUUCUGUAAUGUAGUUUUUUUUAAUAAAAAAUAAAUAAACAAUACAUAUGCAUAUAAUAGCAAUAUCAUUGACCUAACAAAAUGGUAAAUUGUUUAUACAUUUAAAAUUAAACAGUGGCCAUAAAAUACUAUUAGACUAUUUACAUUUAAACAGUGAUGUGAGACCUAUCAUAGUGUCUCUGGAAUGCUAUUAGACUAUUUAAACUUUAUAGUGAUGUGAGACCUAUGGGUAGUGCCCCUGGAAUACUAGUAUACAAUUUAAACUUAAACAGUGAUGUGAGACCUAUGUUAGUGGCCACGGAACACUAUUAGACUUUUGACGAUAUUUAGUCAAUCUUGUUUUAAAUGGCCACCUCUUUUAAAGCGGGCACGUUGUGUUGAUACUGCGGUAUGUUAUGUUUCACUGUCUCAGAAGACACAGGGCAGCCAGUGUUUUCUUAUAUUUAUUAUGUACAUACUAUUAAUGUUAAAUGAUCGCAUUGGAAUGUAAUAAAAAUAUUACUUAAAAUA